AUGUCUGCCUCGGCGCAGCGGCCGACGCGCAUUGGCGACCAGCAUGUCCCGCACAUUAUCGACUCGAUUCUCGACCUGACACUCGAGGACGACCUGCUCAAUGUUCGGCCCGUCUGCAAGCACUGGCGCGAGCUCGCCGACAGGGACAAUGCGCGACACCUGGCCCUCGACCUGAGUUUGCCGCCGGAGGAGCCCCAGCUGAACCUCGACAUUGAAGAUGAGGACGACAUGCCGCCGAACCAGACGUACGUGUGGGAGUUCUCUGCCGUGAGGCACCCCAUGCCGUACCUGUACUGGCCGCUCGCGCACGCUCUCGAGUCGGUCCCAAACCCCUCGGGAACCAUUGACGUCAAGCCAUGGGUGGACAUCAAGACGGAGGCGCGGAUGAUCGACGUACUGGAUCCGGUCGAGUUUGUCGGCGGGCGAGUCAGCCUCGACAUGUUCUCGGGUCUCGACACGGUCCGCUUCCGGCAGGAGAAGUACCGCUCGGCCGGGUUCGAAGCGCAUCACUUGUUGCCGCACGUGCGGCGGAUCAUCUUCAGCGACGGCCCGUAUGGCGAGGCGCGCGCGCACCGCGUCCCCCGCGAGUUGCCCGAGAUCGACUGCCCCGUCCGCCAGGAGGGAGGAGAGUGCAGCCGCCCACACAUCCAGAAGAUUGUCGUCAACUGCCGCACGCCCGUCUUCGCCCACGGAUCGGGGUAUCACAUCCAGGAGAGCGUCGAGGAGCUCGUCAUCAUCUUCCACGGCUGGGCCGUCGUCCCGCGGCAUAACCGGGAGCACCCCGAUGGGCACGGUGGACGGCCCUGCGACGCACGCAGCGAUGUCCGGCCCCUCAUCUUCACGGCUCUGAAGGCUGGAGCCAGGGUCACGAUUGUCAACGCGGAUCUGCGCGACUUUAAGACGGGGCGCAACCGCAGCAACAUUGAUAACGGCAUGACGCUCUGGCACGAGGAGCUCGUUGCUGACGCGCGGGAUACGCACCGGCUCAGCGAGAAGCAGAUUGGCCGGAUGGCCAACGUCUCCAUCAAGGAGUACAAGGCGAGGGUGGGCGAGGAGGAGUGGAGGAUCGAGACGAUGACGGAUGUGUGA